GGGCACACGCUUGUUCACUACCUUUACACCGGCACAUAUCAAACACUCGAAACAAAAAGCGAUGACGCAGCCUCAAUGACGCAUAUCAAGUUCAAACAAGCCCUCUUGGUAUUUGCUAUUGCUACCAUGUACGAACUACCGGACCUUGAAGGCCUCGCAAAAGAGCAGAUCAGAACACAUGGUAGUCUCAUGGCACUCGAUGAAGUUCUAGACACUACGAAGAAGUGCACAUGGUUUCCAAAGAUGGCUUGGUCCUGGUUUCAUGAGUACUUGCAGGAUCGAGUCAAAGAACAAUUCGACCUCGACUACGCGUACUUUACACGCAAAGUCUAUAUCAACAGUGUGGGUGAUGGUGCGCUGCACAAGUUCAUGACUUGUCACCUUCUGGAGACAUUUACUGAGAAGCUUACU